UGCGCGGACGGCCGGGAAUGCCCGCGGCGCGGGGCCCCAGAGCCGCCCCGUGGCCGCGUCCAGGCGAUGGCUCUCCGUCUGAUCGCCGACUUCGAUCUCGGAAAGGACGUGCUCCCGUGGCUGCGGGCGCAGCUGGCGGCGUCAGCGGCCGCCGGGGCCCGAGGCGGCGGCCCAGGUAUUUUAGAAAACAAUUAUGAGUGCUUACGUGUACUAAAUGUUGAAAGAAACAGAAAUAUUAUUUAUACCUGUAAGGACGAUAAGGGAAAUGUCUUCUUUGGAUUGUAUGAUUACCAAACCAAACAAAAUGAGCAUCUCUAUACAUUUGAGAAAGAUUUGCAAGUUGUCAGUUGCUCAGUCAACAGGGAGAAAACUUUGCUGGCUACAAGUUUAGUUCAAGCUGCUAAAGAAGGAAAGAGUAAUGAGCUUCAACCAGGAUCAAAGUGCUUAACUCUGUUGGUUGAGAUCCACCCCAUUAACAAUGUGAAGGUUCUGAAAGCAGUGGAUAGCUAUAUUUGGGUACAGUUCCUCUACCCACAUGUUGAAAGUCGCCCUCAACCAGAGAAUCAUCUGUUACUGCUUUCAGAAGAGAAAUAUAUUGAACAAUUUCGUAUCCAAGUUGUCCAAGAAGAUGGAAAUCGAGUGGUAAUUAAAAAUUCUGGCCAUCUCCCAAGAGAGAGAGUAGCCGAAGAUUUUGUUUGGGCUCAGUGGGAUAUGUCAGAGCAGAGAUUAUACUAUAUUGAUCUGAAGAAAUCAAGGAGUGUCUUAAAAUGCAUCCAGUUUUAUGCUGAUGAGCACUUUAAGUUAAUGUUUGAAGCACCCUUGGAUAUAUCAUUAAGUGACUCAGGAUUCAAACUUGUCAACUUUGGAUAUAGUGAUCUUCAAGACCAAGAGGAAUUAUCCGAACACCUGACCUUAUGUGUUUUUACCAACCAUACAGGAAGUUUGUGUGUAUGUUACUGCCCGAACUUUGACUCUUGUGAACAAAUCACAUAUUCAGUGUUCUACUUUCAUAAAGGGCACAGCAAGACCUUCACUACUAGUCUUGGGAGUGUUGACUCAUGUGUGACAAAGGGCAUUACUUUUCUCAACCUUGACUAUUACGUGGCCGUUUACUUACCUGGUCAUUUCUUUCAUCUCCUUAACAUUCAACAUCCAGACCUGAUCUGCCACAGUCUGUUUCUGACAGCAAACAGUGAAGUGACUCGUAUGCUACCUCAUAGUCCUUUGCAGUCACUGUCAGGGUCUCUGGUCCUGGAUUCGCGUUCUGGAAAGCUCUACAGGGCGCUCCUCAACCAGCCACACUUACUGGAGUCCCUGUGGGACAGCCGGCUGGACUGGGAGAGGAUGGCCUUGCUUCACUGUGUGCUGUCAUGUGGCCGAGACCCACGACAACUGGAAGCCAAGAUUAUUCAGUGGAUUUCUGAGAACAUCUCUGCCUGCCAUUCAUUUGACCUCAUUCAGGAAUUUAUAAUUGCUUCUUCAUAUUGGAGCAUUUAUCCAGAGACAAGUAACAUGGAUAAACUUUUGCCAUAUUCCUCACUGCUCACUUGGGAUACAGAAAUUCCUGGAAUAACCCUUGUGACAGAAGAGAUUCCGUUGCCUCUUAUGAAGGUGCAUAGCUUUAAGGGCUACUGGGAAAAACUGAACUCCAACCUGGAAUAUGUUAAGUACUCCAAGCCACACUUAUACUAUAACAACAGCGUGGUCAGGAGAGAGUGGCACAACCUGAUCUCAGAAGAGAAAACAGGAAAAAGAAGGUCUACGGUGUAUGUGAGAAAUAUUCUUGAUAAUGCAAUAAAGGUGAUUUCUAACCUAGAAGCAAAGAAUUUGGAGCCAAGAUUAACACCCCUCUUCCAGGAGGAAGACAACCACCAGCAGCUGCUUAUCGGGCUGAUGGUGUCUGAACUAAGAGACCAUCUUUUGAGACAUCUACAGGGUGUAGAAAAGAAAAAAAUUGAACAGAUGGUUCUGGACUACGUUUCAAAACUGCUGGAUCUCAUUUGCCAAAUACUGGAAGCCAGUUGGAGGAAACAUAAUCUUCAUCCCUGGACUCUCCACUUCAAUAGACAGGCGAGUGCUGCUGAAUUUGCAGUCUUUCACAUCAUGACCAGGAUUUUGGAAGCUACUAACACUUUGUUUUUACCCCUGCCUCCUGGUUUUCACACUCUGCACAUGAUCCUUGGCGUCCGCUGUCUGCCUUUGCAUAACCUGUUGCAUUACAUUGAUCACGGAGUGUUACUUCUCACAGAAGCAGCUGUCACAAGGCUCAUGAAAGAUCUGGACAAUACAGAGAAAAAUGAAAAACUAAAAUUCAGCAUCAUUAUGCGGCUUCCUCCGCUUACAGGUCAGAAGAUCUGUCGACUUUGGGAUCAUCCUGUUAGUUCUAAUAUUAUUUCCCGGAACCAUGUAAAGCGACUGCUUCAGAACUACAACAAACAGCCCUGGAGUUCUGUAAUGGACAAGUCAUCAUUCAGUGUAGAAUUUCUGCCUCUGAACUACUUCAUUCACAUCCUGACAGACAUCGAGUCCUCCAAUCCAGCUCUAUAUGCUUUUGAAGGACAUGACAAUGUGGAUGCAAAGUUUGUAGAGGAAGCAGCUCUGAAACACACCGCAAUGCUUUUAGGAUUAUAAAGAGAAAAUACAGUUAUAUCUGCUUCCAAUAUUUUAAUCUUGCUUAUUAGCUCCAUUCUCAUUAGGAAUUCUUUAGCAAUGUUUUAAAUUGGCAACCAAAGUCAGAGUACCUUGUUGAGCCAUCUGAAGGUCAGUUUGAUACUUUGUUCAGCUAGAACUAAACCACUGUGUUUCAUCCCAUUUUGAACAGCAGAUGAACAGUCAAGUGUAGAGAAAUGACAGCCUGCCCAAGGAGGUAUGCAAUAGUGUAAAUUCUUCCAAGUGAUUGAUCCUCCUAGUACUCUCAUAGGCCAAAAGUUAGCUACUGUUAUACUCUGAAAUAAAAUAUGCUUCAAAAAUGUAGGAACAGUGCUUAGAAAAACAAAAAUUAGAUGUGUCAUUGAAAUGAGUAUGUGACAAGCAGAAAAAUUAAAAGUUGCAGAAAAGCUCUAUUGGAAAGAGGAUACUUGUUUAAAAAACUAAAUUUAAACAAAGUAAGAUCUAUUAAUCCCAGUACAGAAUAAUUUGUAGAAUACAAAAAUAUGUGCAUACAUAGAUUAGAAUUUGUCUUUGUGAAGGUUCAGAUGAAACUGUGUUUAAUAUUGUAAAGUGUUUUUUUAUAUUUAUAAAACUUUGAUUUAGCAAUACCUUAUCAUUUAAAAAAAACACUGAAAGUUUUAGCCUGACUCCUUUGUUCUUUGAACUUUUCCUUUUCAUUCCUAUCAAGAGUCAUGAGUCCAUGAACAUGUUCCCCAACCCCAUGAAGCCUAAUGGGUUUUCUUUUUUAUCCCUUUCUCUUCUACAGUGACAUUCUGACCAUAAUAUAGUUGCUUCCUGUAAAAAGCCCAUGACCCUUUACUUUUGUCUCUUUACACCGUUUCCCUCAGUGAACUUGUAAAAUUUUAGUAUAUGUGCUGCCGAAGCGAGCACAUGAACUUGCAAAAUUUUAAUGAUUACAAACAUCACUAGCUGGUGUAACAAUUCAGCUUUUCUAAAAUCAUCAUUGUAUUCUAAAAAUUAUCCUUACAGAAUUUCCCGUUUUGGUUAAGUAUUUCAUGGUCACUGAGGCUCAAAAUCUUGGAGCCAUAUCAGCAAGGCGGUGCUGAUUUUUCCUCCUGAUAAGGUCACUAUUUUUCAUUCCCUACGCUUUCCUUUUCUCACCGGGGUUGUUUCUGUUGCUUUCUGAAGUCUAAUUCAUCUGACACAUAUUUGAGAUAAACACUAGUUUGAUCCUGUCGCCACUUUCCUCAUAAUCCUUCAAGCACUUGGCAUUUAUUACAGGAUAAAUUCCAAACUCCUUGACGUUCAAGAUCUCCCAUAUCCUGGCUUCAUACACUUCCCUGGUACUAGUGUUCCCUUCACACCACACUGGCUCACUGGGCCUGGAGCACGGCUUUUGUCUUCUUACUUCCAAGUCUUGCUCAGGUUAUUUCCCCCACCUGGAAUUCCCCUCCACUUAUUAAAAUCUUAUUUAUGCUUAAGGGCCAGAUAAAAAGUUGCAUCUGAGUGAUUGAUCCCUGGUCAUUCCAAUGCAGAGUGGUAUCUCACUCUCUAGACCUGUAGCAUUGUUGUAAUAUUUAAGCAUUCAAACCUUUCUGAUUUUUAAAAAUUAUUUUUCCUUUUGAUAUUGUUAUACCUCCUAUGUGUUUGUUUUUUGAAUCCCUAAUUACUGAUCCUACAGCACAGCAGCUGUGUGUUAAGUAUGCAGUAUUUUCUGGCAUUAACCACAGCUUAUACAGCAUCACUUAUAGGCACUCCUAAGGAAUUGCUUUUUAAUGAUUUCACAAAGAAGUCAGGCGGAUUCAGGACUCCUAGAUUGAGGAGGAGAUUCAGUCUAUAGAUCCAGUCUAUCAGGUGGGGGCUUGGCACAGAUUUUGUUUGAUUUAGCAAAACAAACGAAUGUGAUACUUCUCACUCCCAGAGUAGAGAAAUUAAAUCUGUAACUGAUAUCAAUUUGAAAUUACAGUAGUUUGAGCAUAUUAAUGAGUGGAAAAACCACAGGCUUCAAAUCUACUUGUGUACUUUUAUAUGAGAAAGUAAACAGAAUCAUGAAAGUAUAUUUGGGUGCAAUACAAUACAGAGUAAUGAAAUAAGUGAAACUGGCCUCAUUUUCAACUCUUUCACAUGCAGAGUUAUAAAUAUUUUCAUUGAAAUUUUGAAAGAUCUGGCAUCAAAAGAAAGUAAUCACAAGUAUAUUUGCCUGUAAUAUUGUGGAAAAUCUAGUUUAUAAGAAAGGUAAAAUAGGGCAUGAUUGUUUUUGUGCAAAAGGAUUCUUUAUUUGUAAACAGAAUCAUUUAUAAUGUCACUUUAAAAAAGACAAGGUCCUUUACUGCUUUUCACUCAGUUUAGAUUUACCAACAUCAACUUUCAAUACAGCUAUUUACUUAACAAAGUGAGUUAUGCCCCUGUGAUACUUGGGAUAUUCUUCUUUUAAACUAUUUUUUUUCUUUCUCUUUAAAGUGAGUAUAUUGAGCAGGGCCUCCUUUUCUUUCUGUAAUAAAGACCACUGCCAAUUUCUGUA